UUAAGAACUCGCAAACAAGGGAAGUGCUUCUUGGAAGCCUUUCCCUUUCCUACCCCUUGACUUAGAAUAGAAGUUACUAUUUGGUUUCAUUAAACUUGUGAAAGCUCGCUCAUUCGUUGGAACUUGAAAACCCUAAGUAGCUAAAUCCCCAAUUCCGCAGCCCUUCCUCCGAUUCCGAAGCUCAGUUAUCUAUCUGUAACUUCCCAGAAUCAAGAAUGGGUGACAAGAAGAAGAAGGCUCAGAUGUUUGUAAAACUAGUAUCUGCUGCUGGGACUGGAUUCUUCUAUGUUAAGAGGAAACCAAGACAGUUUACCGAAAAGCUCGAGUUUCGAAAAUUUGAUCCUAGGGUUAAUAAGCAUGUUCUGUUUACGGAGGCUAAGAUGAAGUAAUAGGCAUAUUCAUGGCCUCCUUCCAAUUAUAACUGGUACUAUCCUGUAAUGCUUUUUGAGAUAACUAUCAGUUGGUAUUAGACUUUGAAUCAUGCCAAUCUUACUCUUUGCUUUUGUUA